ACGCCAUUACAGGGUGUACGAUCUCUGCAGGAAAAGACGUAUUUGGAGGAUUUGAAGAAGAAAAGUGAAGAGACUGUACAUUGGUGAGUCCUGCUGUCGAAACUACUUCAGUUACAAAUGGCUGAGAAAGUUGCUCUUUUUGAAAGUUAUCUGAGCUGCCAUGUGUGUUCAGAGACUUUCAGAGAUCCUGUGUCUCUGAGCUGCAACCACAAAUUCUGCUCAAGCUGCCCGCAGAACUUCUGGGAACAAGCUCAAAACAAAAACUGUCCUAUUUGUAAAAGAAAAUCCUCAAAAGACGAUCUUGGGGUGAACUUUACACUAAAGGAACUGGCUGACUCCUUUGCUGGAAGACAGAAAUCUGGAUCAUCUGAGACAGAAAAGGGAAAAGAGAAGUCAUUCAUGGUCGUUUGUAGUAAACACAAAGAAGAGCCUAAACUGUUCUGUGAGGAUGAGCAGAGAGCUGUGUGUCCUCUCUGUGACUCUUCUCUCCACCACAAUCACAAAGUGGUCCCUAUAGAACAAGCAGUCAGUGACCUGAAGGAGCAGCUGAAAUCUGACUUAAAGUCUCUGAGGGACAAGAGGAACAAAUACAAACAAGUGGAGGAAACAUACAAUGAGGUGAUUCAACACUCCAAGAAGCAGCUGCUGUCCACAGAGAGGCAGAUCAGAGCAGAGUUCAACAAGCUCCACCAGUUCCUGAAAGAGGAAGAGGAGUCCAGACUGGCAGCUCUGAGGGAGGAAGAGGAGCAGAAGGGGAAGACUGUGAGCAGAGAGAUGAAGAGGAUUCAGGAGCAGAUCUCCUCUCUGUCAGGCAGUAUCUUUGCUGUUGAAGAAGAGCUGCAGAAACACCAGGUGCCAUUCCUCAGCAGUUAUAAAGCCACUCAGACCAGAGCCAGAGCCCAGUGCUCACUGUCAGAUCCACAGCUGGUCUCAGGAGCCCUGAUAGAUGUGGCCAAACACCUGGGCAACCUGGCCUUCAGAGUCUGGGAGAAGAUGGAGGAGAAAGUCCACUUCAGUCCUGUCAUUCUGGACCCAAACACUGCAUAUCCCUGGCUCUAUCUUUCUGAUGAUCUGACCAGUGUGAGACUUGGGGACGCAAAGCGACAGCUUCCUGAAAAUCCAGAGAGAUUCAUCAAGUUUCCAAUUGUUUUGGGGUCUGACAGCUUCAGCUCAGGGAAACACAGCUGGGAGGUGGAGGUGGGCGUGGGAGAUCAUCUUCACUGGAUCAUUGGUUUAGUUAAAGAGUCACUCGACAGGAAAGGAGUGCCCCCUGAGUCACCAGAAUAUGGAAUCUGGUGUUUGUUGCAUCGCCGUGGAAAAUACAUUAAUGGCGAUGGUCAGACUGUGACAGUGAACAAGAGUCUCCAGAGGAUCAGAGUCCAGCUGGACUAUGACAGGGGGGAGGUGUCCUUCUAUAACUCUGAAGACAUGACUCUCAUCUACACUCACAGAGACACUUUCACUGAGAAACUCCUCCCAUAUGUUUAUAUUGGUGGAGCCGGUGGUUCUAAAACCUCUGAGAUCAAAAUCAGAAAGUGAGAUUUCUCUGUGAUGUUCAGAGAUGUUUGUUUUUCUGUGACAAUAAUUCAUGGUUCAUUUCAAUCAGUCCAUCCUCACCAACUCCAUCACUAUGCUGCAGCCUUUGCCAAGGACAAGAGUCUGAGGCAUGCAGCUAAGAUUUGGGAUUCUUUAACAGACUCUCCUCUGGCAGGUGACUGCGAUCCAUUUAUUAUUAUUUUCGUAUAUUUGUAUAUUUUAGUGUUUUUACAAUUUACUUUAUCUUUCUUUCAUCUUGUUCUAUAUUUUUUUGCAACAAACACUGAGGCAAAUUCAUUGUAUGUAUGAAUAUACUUGGCAGUUAUUAUUAAAGUUUUUUAUGAAUGUGA